AUAUAAACCGCUGUUCGAGAAAGACAAAUACACAUAGAAGAAUUAGCAGAUGCAUAAUAUGUGGGGUUUUCAUGCACGGACAGGUAGCACGAGAUCGGAUUACUAGGGCAUCUGUUGAAUGGAUUUCCAUAUUCGAAGCGUCGGACUGCUUUUCGACUAGGCCUUGUAUGACACAAUCUUUGUUCGACUGUUUUAUGGAGCAAAUGCAACGGACGUCUCUUGCCAAUAAUUUGAGGCUGCAAUAUGUUGGCAAGGCAGCCGGCGUGCCAGACAGUCAGCGCCAAACAGUGACAGCCCGUCUAAUGGAAAUUAAAUGGCAAACCAAAUUGUGCUGAUUCAGCUGUAGACGUCGUCUAUUGAUUCGGGCUGCGCACGCACGGUUUUUGAACUUUUAUUUUUGAAUGAAGACCGCCUCGUAUCACCCGAGCGCAACACGGUCACUAUGGAAUCCUUUCCGUCAGCAGCGAGCCUGCCGCGGUUGUGGACAUGGUAACCGUCGCGCAUCGGCUGAUCUGAGAGCCGUGUUUAUGCAUAACCCUGUGCUAUUUCUGCAUAAGAAGCUUAUCUAAUCCCAGAUGCAACAUUCAGCCUUUCAGCAAAUUUAAAAUCAGUGCAGGCUGUUGAAACAGAAUUCCGCGGGGGGUCAUUAGGCUACGCGCGCAAACAGAAGCAAGACUGAAAAGCAAUCGGUACGGCCAGUUCUUACACAACGAACCUAAAAGGAAGAGCGAGCGCCGACUUAACCGACUACGAGGGAAGUUUUGAUGGAAGCUGUUGUUGCGCGGUGGUGAGCAGCGCCCGGGGUCAAGAGAUACCCCUCGCGCGCUCUCCCUCUCGUUUCUGGUUGUUUUGAUGCUCCUUGCCCGACUCGGAGAAAGGGACCGAUGGCGAAGAUAAGGGUAUCCUACGAGUACUCUGAGGCGGAGGACAAAAGCAUUAGACUUGGUCUUUUUCUCAUCGUCUGUGGCAUCGUGUCGCUUUUUAUUCUCGGCUUCUGCUGGCUGAAUCCCACGCUGCAGAGCAUGCAGAGCAAGCCAGCGAACUGCACAGUGGUCUCGGUGCGGCGCGUGGACGAGAUGUUCGAGUGCGUCUUCACGUGCGGGGCGGAUUGCAAAGGCACGUCGUUGUACCCGUGUCUGCAGAUAUUUGUCAAUAACUCCGAGUCAAAUUCCGUAGCUUUGCUGCAUUACAACGAACAGCAGUUGGUGCUGAAUCCUAAGUGCUCCUAUGUUCCCCCCUGUGAGAGGGACAACCAGAGGAACAAGGACAAUGUGCUCCGAUGGCAGGACUACUGGACCGAAGAGGUUAGCUCCCAGUCCUUCACCUGCUUCUUCAACCAGCAGCGCAGGCCAGACGACGUGCUGUGGAAGCGCACGCACGACGAGACCGUGCUGCUGCACUGCGUGCUGUGGCCACUGGUCAGCCUGCUGCUGGGAACGCUCAUCGUCCUGCUCACCAUCUGCGCCCGGAGCCUCGCCAUCCGGGCCGAGGCCAUCCAGAAGAGGAAGUUCUCCUAGGUG